CUUCUACCAAAGCUUUAAUGGGUUUCAAGACAUUUUGACCAUCCAGUCUGCUCUCCCAGGACAGGAUCUUCUAGGAUUCUGGGGAAUAGGGAAGUGGAUGUGGAUGAUUGACACAGAGGAGAGGAAUAACUGAGGUGGCCUGUUCCCAACCUUGGCUCCUGAGCCUUGGAUCCAAAUGGGCUCCCCCCUCUAGCCACAUUCUGCUCCUUUCAGCCCUUGGCUUAAAGGUAAGACCUGAGGACAGCUGGUAGGGGGCUUUGGAAGGGAGAUUAUCCAGAUCAGUCUCCUCUAAUCUCAUCUCUGUUUUCUAUGUGACUCCCCCUCUUCUCUUCAUAAACCCUACUGACUGUUGGUGAUUCCAUCAGUCCUAGGGAGCCACUUACUCUGGGCUGGUGGAGAAGGAUGUUUGCCAUCAUCUCUAACCCUCACUUUAUACCCCAUUCUGGAAUGUGGACUGGCUCUUCCCUCUCUUCCGAUCAUCUCAAUUGGGAGUUGUUCUUUUGCCUCCCUGAUUGCCCCCUACUUAUUCUUUUGUUCACCCCUCCCCCAAUAACAACAGCAACACUCUGACCCCCUAAUCCUCAACAGCUUUAGUCUAAUCCCAGCUGUGGUCUGAUGCUCUUAUCUUUGCCAUCAGAGAGGUGGCCUGGUAAGCACAUGCUCCUCCUCCCCUACCUCUAUCUUUCCUUAAUGCUCCCCAACUAAGAAUACAGGGGAGCACUGUGAGGGAAGCUGGUCCUCCUCUGGCAGCUUCCACGAAGACUCAGCCUGAUACCCACAGUGCCCUCCAUCUGGUUGCAGCCUUUUGCCCUUAGAUCUUGGGCAUCUUCCCAACGGUCUUGACCUUAACCUUCCUAUCCAGUCCUUUCCCUACCCCCACCCCAUUUUAUCCAGCCCCUAACUCUCCAGGACCAGGUAGAGCUGGGUAGGUGACCCAAGAGAAGAAGAACCAAGAUCCAGAACGAGCUCAAAUCCAUUCCCAAGGCAGGAACAGGAGCGGUUUCAUCUAUUUAGCCAUGGGGGAGAUGGAGCAAUUGCGUCAGGAAGCUGAACAGCUCAAGAAACACAUCGCGGACGCCCGGAAAGCCUGUGCUGAUACCACCCUGGCAGAGCUGACUUCUGGCCUCGAGCUUGUUGGGAGGAUUCAGAUGCGGACACGGCGGACUCUCCGAGGACACCUGGCCAAGAUCUAUGCUAUGCACUGGUCGACCGACUCCAAGCUGCUCGUGAGUGCUUCACAGGACGGGAAGCUGAUCGUGUGGGACACCUACACCACCAACAAGGUCCACGCCAUUCCUCUCCGUUCGUCUUGGGUCAUGACCUGUGCCUAUGCUCCAUCGGGAAAUUUUGUGGCUUGUGGAGGUCUGGACAACAUGUGCUCCAUCUACAGCCUCAAAUCUCGAGAGGGCAACGUCAAAGUCAGCCGGGAGCUCUCCGCCCACACAGGCUACCUGUCCUGCUGUCGAUUCUUAGACGACAACAACAUUGUGACCAGUUCUGGGGAUACCACCUGCGCCCUCUGGGACAUUGAGACCGGUCAGCAGAAAAUGGUAUUUUUGGGCCACACAGGAGAUUGCAUGAGUCUGGCUGUUUCUCCCGACUUCAAACUCUUUAUUUCUGGGGCCUGUGAUGCCAGUGCCAAGCUGUGGGACGUGCGAGAGGGGACUUGCCGCCAAACUUUCACGGGCCAUGAGUCUGACAUCAAUGCUAUCUGCUUCUUCCCCAACGGUGAAGCGAUUUGUACGGGCUCAGAUGACGCUACCUGUCGGCUCUUUGACCUCCGGGCUGACCAGGAGCUGAUUACUUAUUCCCAUGAAAGCAUCAUCUGUGGGAUCACGUCGGUUGGCUUCUCCCGAAGUGGCCGCCUGUUGCUGGCUGGCUACGAUGACUUUAACUGUAACAUCUGGGAUUCCAUGAAGGGCGAACGUGUUGGGACCCUCUCAGGCCAUGACAACAGGGUCAGUUGCCUGGGGAUCACAGCUGAUGGGAUGGCAGUAGCCACAGGCUCCUGGGACAGCUUCCUCAAAAUCUGGAACUGAAAAGGGUGGCAGAAGAUGAGAGAUGAGGGGCAACUUGGACUUCUGAUGCCCACAUCAUUUUGAAGAUUUGAACUCACCUGCUUUCAUUUCUUCAGGACUUCCACCUUAGAGGGCAGGUGGGGUUUAGGAAAUGUAGAAAAGAAAGAACAUGCAAGUAGCAAAGCCUGGGUCCGAAAGGCCAUAAAGGUCCCCUUCCCUCUGCUGCCAUCAGCCCCCACAUAUGUGUAGCUUUCCCUCCCACCUUCAUCGGUGAUCAUUCUGACCCCUACUUAGCAUCUUCCUCUUCUUCUCCAAAUACCCUUCGCAGUCUCCAAAGCCAGAUGGUUAGCUCUGAAAGGAAGCAAGGACUUCCAAAGUCCUGGAUUCUUCACCAAUAGUUCCAACAAGCACCCUAGGAGACCAGACUUAGAAGGUUUGGGGUAAACCAGAACUUCUUCCCCAUGUCUGUGCCCUGCUUAGUGACCCUCUUGAAUCCCUGUUUCUUUUCCUUGUGGCCCUUCUUCUCUAGCUCAGACUCAGUAAAGGGUCGAUUUAAUAAAGCUCACAUUCAACAAA